AUGACUUACAUUGAAGUUUUUGAAUCAAAGGAAACACUAGCAUACGCUAUCUCCAGAAUCUCCGUUGAGGUAACAGAUCAUCCCUUCCAUCUCAAACCAAUUCAAAAAUGCCUGGGAAAGGAAAUCUUGAAACUCUUAAGGUUGCAGAUGCUUUGUCCAUGCAUGGGGGAAAGUGAGAUCCAUUCAAGAACAAUGGUUUUGUUUGAUCUUCUGAAAGAAUACAGAUGGGAUGCAAAACCUGUGUUAGUGCUUGGAGCCCUUGCUGCAACAUAUGGAAGACUACUCCUACCAAUUCAUCUAGCCUUCAGUGAUCCGGUCGCAGCAUCAAUUGCAACACUCAACCAGUUGCCUAUCGAGAGAACCAAGUUCAGACCAUGGUUAAACUCUCUAAGCUUGCUCAUUAAAAUCCUGGUGGACGUAUCCAAAUGCAUCAUUGAGUUUGAAAGACUUCCAUUCAAACAAGCGAAGCUAGACAGCAACAUUGUGGGAGAAACCAUGUCUAACAUCCGUCUGGCUACUUACUGGGUCGUCAAAAGUGCACUUGCAUGCCUGCAGCAGAUCCCUUAUUUCAAGCAGCCCCAACAGGCAACCGAAUCAAGGAGAGCUGCAGGGGAGCUUUCGAGUUUGGGAUAUCAGUUGCGCAGCAUGCAUACCCGUCUCAGCAAGCAAGUUGAAGAAUGCAGUACACAAAUAGAGGAAACAAUCUAUCAAAGGCUUAGAAACAUUAACACGGAGACUCAUCAAGACAACCAAGAGGUACUGCAACUACUUUUUUCCAUACAAGAUGAUUUGCUUCUUCAACAAUACUCCAGACAGAUAGAUAUAACUGACCUGAAAGAAAAGGUAAUACUGCUCCUAUUAUCAAAGCCAGAACCCUUACCCACAGACCCAUUCCACUUCCUACUUCAACAGCUAUACGAUCAUCCAUCCAACACCAACACAGAACAAAACUACGAAAUCUUAUGGAUUCCAAUACCAACGUCCGAAAAAUGGACAGAACAAGAGAAGGAAACCUUCAAAUUCUCCUCCAACUCCCUACCAUGCAUCUCAGUAAGUCGGCCAUGGUUGAUGACCCCCACAGUAAUGAACUUCUUAAGAACAGAAUGGCCAUACCGAGACGGCGAGACAAUGAUGGUGGUGAUGGAUCCCAACGGGAAGAUUGUGAACAUGAACGCCAUGGAUAUGGUGCUGAUUUGGGGUGUUAAAGCAUUCCCAUUUACAGUUCCCAGAGAAGAUGAGCUCUGGGAAGAGGAUGAAACAUGGUCCUUGCAGCUAAUCCUUGAUGGCUUCAACACAUGGGUGAAGCAAGGGAGAGAGUUCUGUUUAUUAGGAAGCGAAUAUUCCAAUUGGUUGGAUGAAAUCAAGUCAUUAGCACUAAAACUUCAAAACCUAGGGUUCGAGUUUGAGCUAAUUGACCUAAGUAAACAAACAUUAGCCUCUAGGGAAGAGAGAUCAAUUCAAGAGCUCUUCUGGCUACGAUUAGAAUCAAUCAAACGAUCGAAACUCAGACGAAUCGAAUCAUCGAAACGCGAUCGCGUUUUUCAAGAAGUUACAGAGCUAAUUGAGUUCGAUUACAAUACACACAAGGGCUGGGCAGUUAUCGGAAAUGGAUCAACGGCGGAGACGGUGAAGAUCGUCGGAGUUGAGGUGAAGGAGAGGAUGAGGCGGAUCUUGCGGUGGGGAGAGGACGCGGCGGGGAUGAGUUUCACGGAGGCGAUUCGAGUCGCGGAGGAGGAGCCGUGUGGAGAGAGUAGUCACACGGUGGUGGUGGUUCCGUUUGAGGAAGGUAAGGGAGUUGUCACGUGCGAGAAAUGCAAAAGGCCCAUGAAGAAGUUUGUUGCCUAUCAGUAA